UGUUCGUUGGGUGGCCGGAGUACGCGGGUACUCUCCAAUGUUUUCGCAUGUUUUCGGAUCGUCGUAGCAAGUAGUAACACCGAUGUUGUUGUCUCCAUUUUCGCCCCUUCCUCGUUGUUUUCUUCCGUUUAUCCUCUCCGGCGGUGACGCGACUCCGAUGGCUCCGCGCGACGGCACGUUGUAAUAUUUAAUUUUUUUUUUCACGAGCUCUCGGUCGAGGAAGGACGAAAUUAAAAACACAGGAAGAGAGAGAGAAACGCCGCGAUCAAACGGGCGACAGUUCGCGUCACCUGCUUGGUGGCGUCGUCGGUGCAAAACUCGAGGCAACGAGCGCUGCUCUACACACACGUAUUCUAUACCAUCGCCCGGUUUUCUCCAACUUCCAAGUAGUCGAGCGUGUAUCUAGACGGGCAUUAAUACCGCGACCGAGAUAAGGAUGGACGUGCAAGAGGGGCAGUCGAAAAUAUGCAGACUCUGCGGCCAGUACGAGAGGAUCUACAUCGACGUGUUUGGCGAGGAGGGUGUCAAACGUUACCUGGGCCUCAAGAUCCACACGAAAAUCAACAUCCUGAUAGAUGAGAGGGAUCCUCUGCCCAAGGCGAUCUGUGUUCAGUGUCUAGGCAAGCUCGAAUUCGUUUGCGACUUUCAAGAGGAGUGUCUGCGCACCCAACAAAAGUUACGCAAUCAGUACAAGCUACCGCCUUUAACAGAGUCCGCAGCGGUAAAAGAUGAAGAGUCACCCUCGACGGUGGGCGCAUCGUCAUCGGAUAACAACAACAGUAUAGAAAAAAAUCUCAAUUCCUCCAGUAACAGUCAGGAUGAAGAGGAGGAUCAGAGUGAAAACAUCAAAAGCAUCGUCGAAAAAGACUCGGUGGAAUCGCCGAAGAAGAAAACAAAGACUCAGCGAAGUCUUCGCAGUCAGCAGCAACAUGCUUCCAAAUGCAACGCGACUUCCAAUGUAGAAAAAAAUGUACAAAAUCACAGCGAAUCGGAAACUUCGUUAACUCGCUGGCUGCGAAGUAAACAAAGCGCCGAGUCGUUGGCGUCUUCGGCGGCGAGCGAAGAGGAGACACCGAUCGCGAACAGAUUGAGGAGUCACAAUAACGUAGAAACAAACGCCAACAACACUCAUUCUGUGAAUACUAGCAGUAAUAGCAAUAAUAACAAUGAAACUACGAACAAACAGAAUUCGAAACAACAUCCGAUGGCGAUUGAGUUGCCGACUACGGCGUUGAACAAGUUGGUAAAGAUCAUUUCCGACUCUCCCGACGUUGAGGUCUCCGUUAAGGAAACAACGAGAAGUCGAAACAACGACGCCGAGGACAACAGUUUCACCGUGGAGCUAUGCAAGAAACAGAACGACGAGGUGUCGACGGUGCGCGCGCGGGUUUUUCCCAAUCAGGGUUACUGCCAAGUAGACACAACGAUCGUCAAUCUGCUGCAGAACGAGAACUGCGUGGAAGUGAACGGCAUCCUCAACAUUCUGAACAACACGUCUGUGGAGAGCAGCGACGCGGCGGCGAAGCUGAAAGAUCUGGCAGAAUUGGAGCAACGGCUGGAGACCACGCAGAAUCCCGAGGAGCUCUUCAGGAUCGACGGAGAGGAGGUCAAGGUGGACGACAACAUGGAGCACGUAGUGAACGACAAUCAGAACGGUUACGCGUGUAAAAUAUGCCGCAAGUUUUACGAACGCCGGGAUAAGUGCACGGUACACGUAAAGACGCACUUGGGCAUCAAACAGUACACGUGUGUCGUUUGCAACGCCAAGUUCGUCUGCAAGUCCGACGUGAUGAAGCACAUCCGAUGUUCGCACACCAAUCCGAGGCCCAUACAGUGUCCCAAGUGUCCGAAACGAUUCAAGUCCAAGUUCUAUUUAGCUGAGCACGACAACGUUCACAAGGGUCUGCGACCGUACGUCUGUUCGGAUUGCGGACAAAGCUAUCACCACAAGGUCUCGUUGCAGAUUCACAUGAAGUCGCAUCAACCGCCGCAGAAUCUGGCCUGCGAGUACUGCGGCAAGGUCUUUCCGCAUCGCACGCGGUUGCUUGGCCACGUGACGAGUGUUCACAUGAAGAAGCGACGCAAUUUCCGUUGCCGUUUCUGUUACAAUCUUUAUUCUAGUUUGUCGGUGCUGAACGAGCACAUCAAAACUCGCCACGCGACCACGUACACGUGCGAACAGUGCGGCAAAACGUUCAAAGUCGCAUCCAAGUACAAGGCGCAUGUGCUGCAGCACUCGAAUCCCAAGCCGUUUGUGUGCAAGGUCUGCAACAAUCGCUACGCGUCCAAGGCGUUUCUCAACGAGCACUUGUUGAAGCACGAGGGUCUGCGGAAGCACGUGUGUCCGAAGUGCGGCGCGAGUUUCGCGCAAGCGAGCCACCUGGCCGCCCAUCGUUACGUGCACGGCGAGAAACUGCACGCGUGUCCGGAAUGCGGCAAGAAGUUCAACCGCCAGGACAACAUGAAGGUACAUCGGAGACGACACUUCGAGGAGAAGAAGACUGGGACCAACGGCAAACAGAAAGCCGCGUCCAAUAACAACGACCCGGCCUCCACCGCGUCCACUAACGAGAAAUAAUACAGCGCGGUUUGUUAAAACAUAAAUUGGACUGAAAAAAAAAGAGAAAAACCACGAGAUUGAAAACCGUAUCACCGGCUGAAUGAGAUACGGCGGAAGAUUGCUCAAGAACGAUGGCUCUUACGUAUUAUUAUAUACUUGGUGCUCCAGUAAAUUUGCCCUGAUGCUAUUUUUGCGACAUUCUUAUCUUUAGCAAUAUUAGUAGUAACAACAGCAAAACGCAUUUUUUUCUUUUAUAAAAAUUGAAUUAAAAAGAACUUGUUUUUCUUUCUCACGAGUAUUAUAAAUUAUUCAUUUGCUGUUUGUAUACGAUCGAAACGCGUUCGUAUAAUCGUGAUAAUCAGAUUGCGAGAAGAGAUAUUGAAAUAUAUAUAUAUAUUUUUUUCAUUCCGAUAUUUUAUACACGAAAUAUAUCGAUCUGUAUGGGAAUGUGAUCUGUAGUCUGUAAAACGUGUCUUUUUUUUUUCUUUUUUUUUUUUUUUUGAAUACUUCUCUUUCGAGAAAUAUUUACCGUAUUUUUUAAACGUAUAGACAAUAUUUACACUGUCUGCGUCGACUCACGAGACCAAGAGUAUAAAUUACUCAAUUAUAUGUGUAACUGCGUAUUAUUUUUAUGGAGAAUUUAAUAACUCGAGACCUACACGUGUAAGCGUUACGUACAUUAGGGAUAGGGCUUCCAAAAUCAAUAACCCUACGCAGGGCAUUGAUAUUUUCGAUACGUCUUUUUACACAUGUUAUAUUGAAAAUAAAAAUAAAAAAAAUAUAUAAAUAAUAAUAAUAAUGCGUCGAGCAUCGCGCAACCUCGAUAUCUUUUGGAGUACAAUUUUUACAAUAUAAAAAUGUUGUUAAUGCUGAAAAUGUAAGAUUAAUUCUAUCGGAUAUGCGAGAUAACACAAAUGUUACGUGGAUUAGAUAAGAUAUGAGCAAACGUGUAAAUUUUAGUGAAAAUGCAUUUUGUGUAUGCACGGUACACGCGGUUUGCUCAUGUUGGAAAUUUAUAUGAGACAAGUAUAACACACACACACACACACACAAGUGCCUUUAGCCAUCCAAGUUUUCAAUGUGUUUAACAAUAAUUACACGAAAAACUGAAAUGCCUUACAACAUCGUUUACUGAUGAGAAUUCAGAAUCGAACAAGAGAGAAAACAAAAUGCAAGAUCUCUUUCGAGUUAUUAAAGAAAGGAAGCUUCUAAACCAUGGGUGUCUAACCCGCGGCCCGCUACAGCUAAUAGUGCGGCCCCACAAAAUCAUAAACUUUUAACAUUAUGAUGUGAUUUUAACAAUAUUUUUUAUAACUCGAUUACGCGGUGCUCAAGCGCGGACUGCGUAUGCGGCUCAGAAAAGCCAAAAGGUUGGACACCCCUGUUCUAAACGAUCAUUAUUCUGCGAACUGUAAAAGAGAUGCGCAUCCAUGCGACAUCCAUUACACGUUACGUUAAAUACGUUACGAUUAGAUACUUAUAUGCGAAUUAAUUAUUAAGAAAAAAAAUGCCUUCUUUAUACUUUGAUUAAGAUGCCGAUUGUAAUGUGUAAGUUAUUAUAUUUCCGUACAGUUAAUUGUACAUAUAUAAUGUAGUCCGUAGGUAGUAAUAUUUUCCUUUUCCUUCGCGACGUUGCGUUUCUCGUUGCGUUGUUCGCGUAAUAAUUAAUUAAUUACACGAAACCCGUUAUAAGUGAUAUACACUUAUAGUUAAUUUGUACGACAGAGAGAAGUUGUUUUUAAUUAUUCCAUUAUUUCCUCAAUAAAAAAUAUGAUAUUUU